AUGACAAGCACCUGCUUCCUCACAAGCGGAGCACAGCCGCACGCAGAUGGAAUCCCCGGGAGGAACCGCGCCGGCAGCAAGGGCGGGGGGCUCGUGGGGCCUGCCAAGGAGCUGGUGGGCACCGACCAGUUUGGCAACAAGUACUACCGCGUGCCCAAGCACGAGAGCCGCGCAGGGCAGAUUAUACCAGAAAGAAGGUUUGUAGAAGCAGUAAAUCGUGAAGCAUAUCAGUAUCAAAUUGGUGACUUUCCAGCAGAAUGGGAAGCAUGGAUAAGAAAAAAGAGAGAAGAUCCACCCACCAUUGAGGAGAUUCUUAGGAAUGAAAAUUACAGAGAAGAAAUGAAACAGAAAGUCAAGGAUGUAUCUGAAAAGGAUAAGCUGCUUCAGGCCAAGGAAUAUGAGCAAGGACUUAUUGCUGAACCAAGUCAUACUCAGGUUAAAGGCCACGCAUCUGCCCCUUACUAUGGAAAGAAGGAGCCCUCACAGGACCCCACAAGCACUGCAAAUACCUUCCAGCCAGGUGCCUGGAUGCCACCAGGCAGUGGUAGUAGUCAAAAUAAAUAAGCAAUUUAAUGGACAGAUACUGUUAAUGGAUAAAUAUUUUAACAGACAACAUACACAGCUGUUAUAUGCAGGAGUGCAAUUAAGUAGUAUUAAAGCAGUUUCAGUUACUUUUGCAGAACUUUUCAAAUGGGCUUAAUCAUGACUAAGUAUUGUAAAUUGUUUGGGUUUAGUGAAGAACAGGGUGUGUAACUAAGUUUGGUUUUGACAGUUGCUGUCCAUCAGUUACUCUUGAAUUCAUGGUUAAAAGACUAUCUAAAUUUUCUUAAAGUCUAAAUUGGUUUUUUCCUUGAAGACUAAGAUAGUUUUAAAACCCUUCUUGAUGUAAGAAUUGUAGUCAGUACACUCACAUUUUCCCAAACCUUGGCCAAGAUGUCUCUUCAGAAUAAAUCCCUUGGCAGUGCCAGCAUGCUUUCCACUGGCAAGCAGAUGGAAAAGUUGAUUUCAUUAGCAAGAAUCACUACGACACUACACUGAUUACGCACUGUACUUAUCGUAGAGAUGUUCUUGUAACUUUAAACAGUCAACAUACUUGAAUGUUUGAUUUGCAAACAGCAAUUUUCACAGGGUAAAAUCAGUUAAACUACAUAUAACUGCUAUAAUAGAACCUACAAGUACUUGAUAAACCUGCUGAAAAAUAACACUAGGUCUGAGACAAGGGACUGAAUAUUAAAAACAACAAAUUAGUUUUUAUUGCUGGUGUAUCCGUGGGCUUCCCUAAAUGAUUAAUCAUUUUGGCCAUAGUUUAGAUACAUAAAAUGUGCAGAUUAUUUGUUCAGAGAUGAUGUUUGAGAACUUCAAAUAAAAAUAAACACCCACAAUUUUUUUUCAAAAAGUAUCAAAUUUAUUUAUGGAGUGUAUCCCUCAUCAGUUCUCCCUCUGUUUCAAACUAUGUAGGUAUCAAAGGUCAAACACAUACAUACUUGACAACACUUCAUACAAAACUUGGAGACUUAAUCUCACAUAUUUAUAAAAUGCACAAAUGUCAUAUUUUAAUAGUGCUUGCUUUCACCAAUAAAAUUGAAAGGGGAUCAACUUCACAUUUACUUAAAGUAAUUUCAGUUAGACUCCCCACUUCUGAUCCCCCUUGGUGUCAGCCAGCUCUAUAGGUCUCCUCAUUUGAACAAUGGUAUUAUUUUAAGGUUUUAUUUUUAAACCUGAUCAAAGAGUAGCUGCUAGAAUGCACAGCACCGUGCUGCUGUUUAGAAAUAUGCAACAUGUAAAAUCCUAAUGACUGCUACAAGCUCUUUUGAACUAGACUACAUAGAGGCCACCACAGACUAUUAUUAAAAAAUCAGGCUUUGAAAAAUUAAUCAAUUCUAUUACAAAGAGAUUAAUAGGAAAUAAGGUUAAAUAAUUUUGAUGUACUUACAACACACACCUGAAUUUUUUGACUAUGUCAGAAUCUUGCAACCUGUACGGCAGCUAAGUUUCAAGGGCCAUGAGAACAAAAAGUCUUAGAUCAAAGGUAGCCAGAAAGUUAGUAACCAGCUUGUGCAUCAUCCUUGCACAGCCAUCUGCUGUAGGUCUCUGGGACUCAGAACACUAGGCCACCUGGGUCUUUGGUCUCAUCCCAUUUAUGGCUAUUCUUUGAGGCAUAAAAAGUUUAUGAAGGCAAAAAACAAAUUUGUUACAGGUGGAGCAUUCAGGUGAUUGUAAAGGAAGACCAAACAACAGUAUUGUAUUUUAUAGAAUGUGACUGCCUUAAGAGAAAUGAAGCUAAUAAGAACACGCAAUCAGUUUCCUAGAACUUGGGCUGAAGUUGAAGGCUGUUGAUGGCCCAUAGUUCAGGAAAAGAUAAGGUAGAUUAUUUCUGCAGACAAGCACCACCAUCAAAGACACUGCAGCAGCCACAGGCAGUGACCUUAAGGGAAAUCAGUCAUGUCUGCUACCAAAUGCUACAGCUAGCUCAUCUCUACAGCCCUGCUCAAGGUAUACCAAAACUUGCAUUUCUGUAAUCCAGUU